AUGACUCCGAAACGAAAGACUACCAGCUCGGAAUCCACUUCGACAAGUAGUUCUGAUUCUUCGUCCAGUAGUUCGUCGAGCUCGGGCAGCGAGUCGAGUUCGUCCGAUUCGGAAAACUCUAGCAGCUCGGCCAAUAGUCAGAAAGUGUCAGAUAACGAGAGGAUAAAGAAGAAGACAGCUUUCCCUCAAAACAGACAUGGAAAAUCCAAGACGGAUACUAGCAACGUUCCACCUGCGGAGAAUAAAAACAAAGCACCGCCGAAAGGCAGAUCUAUGGCGUGUUCUUCGGAAUCUGAGGAAUUGCCAAGUAAAGUAAAAGCAGCGCCAAAAAGAAAACCACCAGCUAAACCUAAGGCAACUGCUACUGUAGCUCCUGUUGUUAAACAACAGAGAUCACCUACGAAAGCUAUAGCAGCAGCUGGACAACAGAAGAAUACCCCAAAUCCUAAGCCAGUUGCCAAUAAACCAAAUAAACCUUCUACUUCUGCAAGUGCUAAUGGGAAAGGGCCUGAUAAAUCUGCAAAAACAACUUCGGAACCUGUACAGAAGAAGUUAAAAAAGAAAAGUAUAUUUAGUCCUGAAAAUAGUAGCGAAAGUGACAGUGGUGUCCCGGCAAAAGUUAAUACAGUGAAGCCUACAAGCAGUUCUAUAAAAUAUGCGAAGACCCAGCAAGCAAAGCCAAAACCAAGCGAUGUGAAACAGAAAGCUGUCGCACCAAGUAGAUCUGCUUUAUUGGCAAAGUCUGCCCAGUCACAGAAGUCGGACAGUUCAAGUUCAAAGAGUUGUUCAGCGGGAUCGGCUUCUUCGGGUUCCACGGACAGCAGCACCGAUUCAGACUCCUCGGAGAGCGCUGCGAGCCCACAGCCUCAGAUAAAGAAAAAGGACGUUCAGCCCAGUUCGACCAUAACUGCUGGUGCGACUGCUCCACCAAAACGACCGUCUGCAACAGUCGCUCCCGUGAAACCACAGAAGUGUACGAAACGACAAAGUACGGUAAAGAGCGAAGAUGAGGCCGACGCGUCAGCUAGCGAAAAGGAAAUGGACGAGCCCGGGGAAGGGGGAAAGGCGAAAACAACGACUAAAGGUAAACGAAAGCUGCAAACGAGGAAAGGCAGCAAAUUGCUUCAGUUUCAAGCGAAGGCGGCCAGCGACUCGGAAUCCGAUACAGUAUGGUUCUCAGGUACGGAAACGGUAGCGUGUAAACGUAUCCUGCAAAUUCCGCUGAUCCGGUGUGAUUUAUCGAGAGUAGCUGAGAGCAAGAGGAGUACCAGCAAAUCGCCGGUUAAACGUGCCGGGCCCAGCACCGCCGCCAGACACGCGCCGCCGGGAACCAGCAGGGUACCUCCGACCACCAGUGGUACGUCGAACACUGCCACCGUCACCGGAAGAUCGGGACAAGGCAAUUACGCUCGCACGCGGGUGACCAAGGAACGAGAAUGUCCUUUGGCGCCGACGUGCGAUUCUCGGGGACAUCUGUCCGGAAAGCUCGAUUCGCAUUUCACUCUCGAGGCUUGUCCCGUGUAUCACAACACCACGCCGCAAGCCUGUGUUGAAUUUUAUAAAGAGAGAAAAAAGCGCGAAGAAGAACGGAAAAAAGCGAUAGCAUGCCUGGCGAAGAAGUCCCCGAAAGGCGUCCAUCAAACGACCGAACAACGCAAUCAUCAGCUGAAAGUGAGAGAAAUGAGAAGCAAAUGGAAAGGCGGUGCUGGUGAUGGAAACGAAAGCGACAGCAGUAGCGAGCUUCAAGGGAACGAGAAGGACCGGCAACCGAGAUUAACGAAUCUCACGCCGGAAUACGAUUUGAGGCUGUUCAUGGAGGCACAGGCGAUCGCCAGCGAAAAGAUCGAAAAGGAAUUGAAAGAAUUGGACUACGACGGCGAAGGAAGAAACGCUGGCGGUACGCGAGUGAUCGAAAUGGGUAAAUGGGAAAUGGAAGUCUGGUAUCAAAGUCCUUAUCCGGAGGAGUUCAGUCGCGCUCCGAAACUUUAUCUGUGCGAGUACUGUUUGCGGUACGCGAAGAGUCGGCAAGUUCUGAGGAGGCACCGAGAGAAGUGUCUGUGGAGACAUCCGCCCGGACACGAGGUGUACAGGAAGGACAAGAUCGGAGUUUGGGAAGUGGACGGGAAACGCUACAAGCAGUACUGUCAGAAUCUCUGCUUACUGGCCAAGUUCUUCUUGGACCACAAGACGCUGUACUACGACGUGGAGCCGUUCCUCUUCUACGUGAUGACGAUCGGCGACUCCGAGGGCUGCCAUACCGUCGGAUACUUCAGCAAGGAGAAGAAUUCUUUCCUGAAUUACAACGUGUCCUGCAUCCUGACGCUGCCUCCUUACCAACGCCAGGGGUACGGCCGACUGCUGAUCGACUUCAGUUAUUUAUUGACGAGGGUGGAGAAAAAGAUUGGCUCGCCCGAGAAGCCGCUAUCGGAUCUGGGCUUGAUCUCGUAUCGCAGCUACUGGAAGGACGUUUUGCUGCAGUACCUCUGCAACUUUGGGGGCAAGGAACUCUCCAUUAAAGAUAUCAGCAAGGAGAUGGCCAUCGACUCGUACGACAUUGUUAGCACCCUGCAGGCCCUGGGCAUGAUGAAGUACUGGAAGGGCAAGCAUAUCAUCCUCAAGAAACAGGACGUGAUCGACGACUACAAGGAGAGGGUGAAGAGACGAGGACCCGUCUACAAAGAGAUCGAUCCGGAGUGUCUGAAAUGGAACCCCUUCCAGCCUCCCAAGACGCCCUCCGCCUCGAACUAAGGUCUGCAGCAGAAGCUCGGGAAUGACGCCGACGUCGCCGUCGACCUUCCCCUCGUCUGUCCUCGUCCCUCACGUUCUCGACCGAGGGCGGCGCUCCAUCUCUUUCUACUUGUUCCUCUCGGUCGUCUCCUGGGUUUUUCCACCUUCCAAGCUCCUACGCGUUCUCCUUUUAGCCGUUCUUCUCUCUCUCUCUCUCUCUCUUCCCUUCGUUUGUCGGAAACACUUUUUAUUGCUCGAUUUCGUGAAAACUCCUUCGAGAAGUUCCCGGACAGCCUUCGGACACCUCCGCGGGACAUCGAGGUUAACGAGCGAACGUUGUUUUCACGGUGUUACUGUACCCCCGGAAAUCCUACGACCGGUAAGUCCGAGGACGACGAAGUAACUUCGCCGGAAUGAAUUUUCCCAUUUUAGUACAAAACUUUCCUCUGGAAAUUCCGUUAGGAACGCGCGGUACUUAGAGCACGUACGUAUAGUAUAGUCGUUGUUUCGAGAACACGUGAACGAGUGAGAGAUACGUUUAUUGAUCGCGCUAGCCGGCGAACGGUGCACGCCGAGCAAAACGGAAAAUUUCGAAAGGCCCGAUUGAACGUGAAAAUAGCUUGAAAGCUAUCGAGUCAAGGUUGAACGGGAUCAAUUUAAAACCGACACGCCAUGUUCGGCCGUCGAGAAAAAUUUGGAAAAAAAGUCUGAAUAUCGGCCACGGAUUUAAAGAGAGUUUUACCGGUGAUCCCGAAUAGAAAACGUAAAAACGUAAAAUCCUAAGCUCUAGAAAAGUGAGGAGGUACAUGCGGCGGCGAUGGUCUACGGUUGCAAUACGUUACGCAAUAGUGAUAUAAAUUUACUACGUUAAUUUAUUGAACGAAUGUAAGUAAAUAAGGACGGAGUGAGCAACGUAAUUAGUGAUUUUUACGCCGAUUGUAUAUCCUGAUCUCUCCGGGGUUAGACGAACAACGUGGAUAUGUGUUGUACAUUGAAAUGGAGGCGUGUAUGUUACGCAUAUGUGUAUAAUAAAAAAUUUAUUUAUAUUAUUUUAACCUUUGAA